ACCUGAGUUCAGAGGCCGUGACCCCGGCGUCGGCGACUCACAAUAGAGAUUUUACCUUUACCUUUCCCACCGAGAAGGCUGGAGCUGCGGGGUUUGCAUCUGAUGCUCAGUCUCCCACACCCCCGUCAGGGUACAACUUGAACAGGAGGAGGGCCUCUAUGCAUGACGCCAUUGAUCUCAACAAGAUUGAUAUGCGGCUGUAUGACAAAAAG